AUGAACACUCUCAAUUCCUCUGAAAUUGAGAUCACCACUUUCUUCCUGGUAGGAAUCCCAGGACUGGAACAUGUUCAUAUAUGGGUCUCCAUCCCUAUCUGCCUCAUGUACAUAGUGGCCAUCCUGGGCAAUUGCACUAUCCUGUUUGUGAUCAGAACAGAACCCUCCCUUCAUGCACCCAUGUACUACUUCCUUUCCAUGCUGGCAAUCUCGGACUUGGGCCUAUCUCUCUCCUCUCUUCCCACAAUGCUGAGGAUCUUCUUGUUCAACGUCACAGGGAUUUCUCCAAAUGCAUGCUUCGCUCAAGAAUUCUUCAUCCAUGGAUUCACAGACAUGGAGUCCUCAGUUCUACUGCUCAUGUCCUUUGACCGCUUUCUGAUCAUACACAACCCUUUGAGAUAUAACUCCAUCCUAACAAGUGCCAGAGUUGCCAAAAUGGGGCUGGUGUUUCUCAUUAAAAGUGUGCUCUUAGUGCUUCCAUUUCCGUUUACACUCAAAAGGUUAACAUAUUGCGGGAAAAGCCUACUUUCUCAUUCUUACUGCCUUCAUCAGGAUGUCAUGAAGCUGGCUUGCUCUGACAACACAGUUAACUUUUUCUAUGGUUUCUUUGUUGCUCUCUGCAUGAUGUCAGACAGUGUGUUCAUAGCUGUGUCGUAUGUGUUCAUCCUGAAAACAGUAAUGGGAAUUGGAUCCCACAAGGAAAGGCUUAAGGCCCUUAACACCUGUGUCUCUCAUAUCUGUGCUGUGCUCAUCUUCUAUGUGCCCAUUAUCGCUUUGGCCUCCAUGCACCGGUUUGGCAAGCACAAAUCCCUAAUGGCCAUGAUCCUCACUGCUGAUAUUUUUUUGCUAGUGCCACCUCUGAUGAAUCCCAUUGUAUAUUGUGUGAAGACAAGGCAAAUUCUUGAAAAAAUUCUGGGAAAAUUGGGUCUAAAACAAAGAUAA